AUGAAAGAAGAUUGGAAAAGUACCAUACAAAAACGAAUUGUUGAAAGGAAUAUUAAUCAAAGUAAGAAAUAUGAAAAUAUAAUGAUAUCUUAUAAUUCCCUUGUUGAAGAAAAAAACAAUCUGCUAGCAAUUAUUGCUUCUUUAACAUCUGAAAAUAUGUAUUUAUUAAAUAACCGAAAGUUAAACCACUCUUUUGAAAGUACUAUGAUGACAGAAACGAAUAUAUCAAGAAAUGAAGAAAUUUUUUUAAGUAACGAAACAAAAAAGGGACAUAAUAAUAAUAAUCAGAAUGAUUAUAAUAAUGAUAAUUCUUUAAAUUAUUCUAGGACUAAUAUAAUGACAAUGAAAAGUCCAGAUAGUCUUUCUGAGAAUACUAUAACAAAGAAAGAAUUUCUAGAAGUUAUUAAAGAGAAAGGGAAAAAUGAAGAAUUGAUUUUGCUUCUUAAAAAUAGUGUUAAUGAAAAAGAAAAACUUCUUAAUAUUUUAAACAAAGAAAAUAAUACUUUAAAUAAUGUCAUAUGUAAAAGAGAAGAAGAAUUGUAUGAAAAGAAAAAAGAUAUUUUAAAAUUAGAAGAAUUACUUAAUAAAAAACAAACCCAAAUAAAAUUAUAUGAAAAUAAUAAUAAAUCUCUAAAAACUAAAGUACAAUUACAUGAUAGGAAAAAUCAAAAAUAUUUGAAACAAUAUAAUAUUCUCAGAUUUACAUAUUUCAAACUUUUAAAACAGGUUGGAGAAAUGAAAAUCUAUAAUAAUAAUAUCAAUCAAAAUUAUUUCUCCUUAAGAAAAGAAAUGGUACAAAAAAAAGAAGAAAAUCAAAAAUUACUCAAUUAUUUGUUAAACUGUAAAAAUUCUUAUAAAAAAGAAUUAAAAAAAUUAUAUAAAGAAAUUACAAAAAAUCAGACAAAACAGAAACACAAAUAUAUACUUUUUAAAAAUAAUCAAUUUUAUGUUAAUCUGUAUUUAAAAAAAUUUUAA